AUGCGCAUCACUAUUCUCGCAGCGGCUCUUUUGAGCCUUGCCACGGUGAAAGCAGCUUCCAGCCCUUGCCCCCUGCUUGGGCCAGACUUGCCCAUACCCACAGCACUGGGUGAUGAUAUCUCAAUGAAUAAUACCAUAUCCGAACUUUUGCGAUUUUUACGUCCGAACGCGACUGAUACAAGCCAAAACCUCGACAUCGACUACCAGAACACAUCAUUCUCUGUGGAUAUUUAUUCAGCAAUGGACCAGCAAUCGUUGUUCAGCUAUCAUCAUGCAGCACCAAUCCUGCAGGGGCAUGAAUACGGCACUCGAACCGUCAAUGAUACGACAAUAUACCGCAUAGGUAGCAUAUCCAAAUUGCUAACGGCUUAUAUUUACCUCCUCGAGGUCGGAGAUGUGUCGUUCAAUCAGCCAGUCACACGUUACGUACCCGAGCUGGCAAAAUUAGCCGGAAAUGAAUCAGCUUCUGCUCUCCAGGACGUGGAUUGGGAUGCCAUUACCAUCGGCGCUCUCGCGUCGCACAUGGCUGGCAUACCGCGAGACUUGUCGAGGUCUGAUUCAGCGGACCGCGAACUCUCUCGGUUGGGGUUUCCACCAAUUCAACCAGGAAAUCGAGUCGACUACUGCGGAAGUGGCGCCUCGUAUCCCUGCAACCGCACUGAAUUCUUUGACGCCAUGCGGUUACGCCACCCAGUCGAGGCGGCUUUUGGAACGCCUAUAUACUCGAACGCUGGCUACCAAAUUCUGGCGUAUGCACUUGAGAAUAUAACAGGUUCAAGUUAUGCCGACAUUUUCUCUCGGCAGCUCAUCCACCGGCUCGGUCUGAAUUCCACUACAUACGCCAAGCCAGCCACUUCCGACUCUUCCAUCAUACCCGAUACUCCCAGCACCUCUUGGUAUGAUGUCGACACGGGCGAUGCAGGGCCAGCCGGAGGAAUCUAUUCCUCGAUUGCAGACCUACGCAGAAUAGGGCAAUCAAUCUUGUCGUAUGAGAUGUUGUCACCCUCCCAGACCCGACGGUGGAUGAAGCCCGUUACAUUUACUGCCGAUCUCCAGCUGGCAGUCGGCGCGCCGUGGGAGAUUGCACACGCCCCAUCGACCACCAAGCGAGCCAACUGGAUGUACACAAAGGGUGGCCAGCUAGGGAUGUACAACAGUCUGAUGGCUUUGCUACCUGAUUGGGGCGUGGGGCUCACCGUCCUGGCUGCGGGAAGUGGCGCUCCGGGAGUAACCGGCACGAUUCCGGGUCUGGUAGCUUCAAGGCUAGUCCCAGCAUUGGAGCAGGCUGCCAAGAGGCAGGCAAAGCGGACCUACAGUGGAAAAUACGGUGAUGAAAAGAGCGGCAUAACUGUCGCUGUGCAAGAUGAUCUUCCGGGACUGGCAGUCACGUCCUGGUUUCUUGAUGGGCAUGACAUGUUUGACUCGAUCCGUCUGAUGAUCUCAGGGUCCACGAGCGGAUCAGGAAACGUCAGCAUGAGAUUGUACCCGACGGGACUCCAGAUGAAAGGGUGUGGAAAGGCUAAAAGCGAAAGUUGGCGAGCAGUUUACGAGAUCAUCGACGCCGCCUCACCGCCCAGCCCGUACUGUUCCAGCUGGUUCGCAGUGGAUUCCGUCACGUACGGAGGCGUAUCUGUCGACGAGUUUGUCAUCGAUCUUGCGGCGGACGGCAUCGCUCACAGUAUCACUCUGAGUGCCUUCAAUAAUACUCGGCUUGAAAGGCAGCGGCAUUGA